CCAUACUCGAACAAGAUAUACAGAUUCGGUGUGUUAUGAAAUAAAGUGUUGUACCAUGUAUUAUUGGACUCGCAUAACUGUGGUUGUGGUGUGUGUGUGUGCAGUGGUCAGAAGUCAGGUGAUACCGGGAAAGUCGAGAACUAACGAUGGGGAAUACAAUGAAGUUAACACAGAUGGAUCCUUUGAUUUUGGAUAUUCGAACAAAGACCGGGGGCAGAGCUACCACUUGGCGCAUGGUAACGCCAACGGCGUGGUAGGUGGCAGGUUCGGUGCCCGGGACCCCGCUACUGACACCGUCAAGGAAACUAUUUAUACCGCAGGACCCAGAGGAUUCCGAGCGAAAGGACCCAACGUCCACCGCAAAAUGGACUUGGACCAGCGCCCCCGAGGCCCCAUAGGGAACAAGGACGACCCUAACUUCGACCCAAAUGAGGACCCCAGCUAUUCCUUCAAGUUCGACACCAGGACCUAUUCGAAGAACGAGAACGCUGACAGCAGGGGAGAUGUGAAAGGACAUUAUUCUUUCGUCGAUGAUGUUGGAGAGAGGCACGACAUCUCGUACAUAGCCGGGCGUGACACUGGUUUCCACGUGUCGUCAGCCCAUCCUGACGGGCCAAACGUCAUCGGCUCACCCUUCCAUCGGGCGCCCUUGGUCAGGGGUGAAACCAGACCACGAGGCAGAACUGCUGUGCAAAGAGGACUUGAUGGGUCUUAUAGGUUCAUAUCAGCAGGCCCUGAUCAAAGAAGGACAGAGAGCAGUGACUCUCAUGGUAAUGUCAGAGGUUCAUACACAUUCUUAGACGACAAAGGAGUACAGAGAACGGUACAUUACAUAGCGGGACCCGGCAUUGGUUAUCGUAUAGUGAAGAAUGGAAAAGACCCAUACAUUCCGGCGUAUUUCCCGACGAUCCCUAGUGCUUACGAUCCAGACUUCAUUAACGCUGGUGCAGCUUCAAAUUAUUCCCCCGAUGACAGUAGCACUGAUGAUGUUUUCAAGGGCCCAGAUGGUACAGCAGCAUCGGGACAUAUAAAACCUCCGCCAUUCCCUAGCAAUGACAAAGACAGGCCAAGUAAUAAGCCCUCUUCCGAGUCCACUGGCUCGGGGAGCGGAUCCGACAACUUCAGUGGGUCCAACAACUAUGGUGGAUCCGACAGCUUCGGUGGAAGCAACUUUGGCGGGUCAAACAGUUUCAAACCCACUGGACCAAAUAGUGGCACUUCCGGAGGGUCCAGUGGCUCUAGUAGUUCUAGCGGGCCUGGCGGAGACAGUUCCAAUGAAAGCGGUUACCAAGGCUCAUCAUUCGAACAAGGCCCAGUCAGUACAGGCGUCGGUUAUGUCGACGAAGAUGCAUCAAGUUUCGGAGGCGCUGUCAAGCCAACUAAAGGACCAGGCAAGCCGGGGCGACCUACGAGCAAGCCUAAACCUUAUAGGCCGACGAAGAAACCAUAUGUGCCACUUAAACCUUUCGACAGUAAUAAAGAUGACAACGCCGGGUUUGAUGACGGGAAGGGCGACAAUAACGGUCCACAAUUCGCUAUAGGAUUCAAUAUUCAGCACAAUAAGCCGGGCACUACGAUCAUAAGAAACAUAGGCAGAGAUUACUUUGGGGUACCGCCCGGUGUCUCAGUCAGAGCACACGUGCAAAGCAUUGAUCUAUAUCCGUUCGACUCGAAACCUAUAUCACCUUCCGAAGCGAUCGAAAAGGACAAAACAUAAGUAACCAGUAAAAUACCAAUUAGAUAUGCAAAUAUUAUUUAAGUACUGUAAAUGAAACGAAUUAGCAUUAUUUAUCGAAUAAAGAUGUAACUAAGCAAU